AUGGGACGAGCUCGUGCUUAUGUAGUUCAUUUAGAUGAACAAAACGGAAUGUAUGAUUCCAGCGGAUAUGAUUGUGAAGGAUACAAUAAGAAUGAUCGUGAUCAUCAGGGCUUCGACCGCAACGGAUACAAUGAAGCUGGUUAUAAUAAAGAUGGUUAUAAUCGUGAAGGUUUCGACAGUAGCGGAUACAAUGAAGCGGGUUAUAGUAACGCUGGUUAUGAUCGUCAAGGUUACGAUAAAAAUGGUUAUAAUAGCGACGGUUAUGAUCAUCAAGGUUAUAAUAUGGCUGGCUAUAAUAAAGAUAGUUAUGAUCGUCAAGGUUGUGUACGUACACAAUACUAUUGUCCAACGCGUUAA